UUGCAUACUGGUGAAAUGUUUCGAAUGUACGCAAAGUCCUAUAAAUCGAGACAAAUUUGCGAUCAAAUCAAACCGAUUUGCAAUUUGUUCAAUGGCGAAUAUCAUUUUCCAUCUUUAACCUUUCUAUAUCAAUUCCGAGCAAUCGUAUGUACCCUUGCAACUGCUGGCCACUUCAGUCGAGCAUGUGAAGAUUCCCAUUUUGAUGCUGCACACUUUUCGCAUGUAAUCAUUGAUGAGUGCACGAGCAUCACUGAAAGUGUAACUUUGAUACCGAUCGAAGGACUAUGCACAUCGUACAAUCGAAUCGAAUCGAGUAUUGUCCUCGCUGGGGACCCGAAGCAGCUUGACGCUGUAGUCAUAUCGAAUAAUGCCAUCAAUUUGGGUUUUAAAACAUCUUUUAUGGAACACUUAUUCCAACGUCGAUUAUACAAACGAGAUCCUAUCUCCGGCGAAUAUAAUCAAAAAUAAAAUGUCUUACAUCCGUAAGAUGAACUU